GAGCGCAGACGCCGCGGCUCGGUCCCUCUCCACCUGCUGGGCGAGCGCUCAGGCCAUGGGCGGCCCGGCUGAGCCCCGCUGAGCCCGCCGGGCGGGCCAUGGGCGACCGCGAGCGCAACAAGAAGCGGCUGCUGGAGCUGCUGCGGACGGCGGGCACGGGCAACGCGCACUGCGCCGACUGCGGCGCCGCGGAUCCUGACUGGGCGUCUUACAAGCUGGGCAUCUUCAUCUGUCUGAACUGCUCUGGUGUGCACCGAAACUUCCCAGACAUCAGCAAAGUUAAAUCCGUGAGACUUGACUUCUGGGACGACAGUACUGUGGAGUUUAUGUCCCACAACGGGAACCUCCGCGUGAAGGCCAAGUAUGAAGCCAAAGUCCCUGCUUCCUAUUACAUCCCCCAGGCCAGCGACUGCCUGGUCUUGAAGGAGCAAUGGAUUCGAGCUAAAUAUGAGAGGCAAGAAUUUAUGGCUGAUGGGAAAACCAUCCCCCCCUCAGGUAACCGGGAAGGGUUCCUGUGGAAGCGGGGGAAGGACAAUGCGCAGUUCCUGAGAAGGAGAUUUGUCCUCUCGGCCAGAGAAGGCCUUCUGAAGUACUACACUAAAGAAGAGGGUAAAGGCCCCAAGGCUGUCAUCAACAUCAAGGACUUGAAUGCCACCUUCCAGACGGAGAAGAUAGGGAACCCCCAUGGGCUGCAGAUCACCUACCAGAGAGAGGGCCACAUUAGGAACCUGUUUGUGUAUCACGAGAGCGGCAAGGAGAUAGUGGACUGGUUCAACGCCCUCCGCGCAGCCCGUCUGCAAUACCUAAAAAUGGCCUUUCCUGAGCUCCCAGAGCCUGAGCUCGUGCCCCUCAUCACCAGGAACUACCUCAAACAAGGCUUCAUGGAAAAGACUGGUCCGAAGCAGAGAGAACCCUUCAAGAAGAGGUGGUUUGCCCUGGACGCCCAGGAACGGAGACUGCUCUACUAUAAGCACCCACUGCUGCAUCAACAGAGAGUGGACACAGCGGCAGGUGACCCACUGAUUGAGCAACGGGCUGGCCACCAGCCACGGGAGCUCUCAGUGGGAAGGAGUGCUCAGCUCGGCCUUGGUUAUGCAGCAGGAAUGCCCUGCCGUUGGCAGCCAUCGCUGGCAGUUGACUCUGCCGAGGCGAAAGUUUGGCCUUCACCCACCGGCUCCCUGGGCCUCACCUCUGCCCAGCCCUGGGGGCGGGGUCUGGUACAGAAGGACCUCAAGGCUCAGGACAUCCUCAGUGAAGGUGCUGCAACGGAAAGGACUCCACCGUAUCACACAAGUGGCAUGCUUGUCCAGCUUCCCCCCCCAAAAAGUUUAAUCUGACUCCAACCAUAAGGAAACAGUCAGACAAGUCUGUGUUAGGGACAAUUCUGCAACAUAACUGGCCUGGACUCCUAAACAAUGUCCAUGUUGUGACAGAUAAAGUAGGGGGAACUGUUGGAGACUGAAGGACACUAGAGAGCAACACCAGGCAAUUUGUGAUUCUUGAUUGGAUCCGGGGUUUUACGAGACAGCUAUAAAGGACAUAAAUUUGAGAAUGGGUGUAUAUUAGCAAAUAGUAUGGCAAGACUAUGAUAAUUGUAUUGUAUUUGUGUAGGCCAACGCUCUUGUUCUUAGGUCAUAUGUAUUGAGGUGGUCAGGGUAAAAUAAAAUUUUCUACCCACAA